AAUUUUGUUACAGACGAGCGAAAAAUCUGUCCAGGCAAAGUCACUCUCCUUCCAAUCCUUCCGCCUCAAUCUCUUGAAACGAAUCGAGGCGGAUGGAAACGGAUGGAAACUCAUGUGCAUGCCAUCAGCUAAAAGGAGGACGGGAGGGCGAAAGUCAAGUCAUUUCGUCUUGCCGCGCUGCAUCGCGUCACUCGGACAGACAGACAGACAGACAGACAGACAGGCAAGCAAGCAAACAGUCAGUCAAUCAUUCGUCACUGCUUCUCCUUUUCCCUCCUCCCGUCAACUCCCUCGUGUCAUCUGUCAGCGUGUGAUAGCAUGAGGAAUAUCGCUUGGUGAACAUUCCUUAUUGAUGUUAUGUCUCUGUUAUUGACUAAGCUGCUUUAAGAAAUUUUUUAUAUGGUUUUAAGUCCUUUUGCCAAGUGUAGGUAUCCUUUUUUUAUUCCAUUGAGUCAUAGUGAAGUGGAAACUCGCCCCAUAACCAGCUCGUCUUUUGCGAACGUCAUAUAACAAGUCCUCUCUAACUACCACAACUACCAUAACCACUACCACUACAACAACUAUUAUCCAAGUUUCCACUACCACCAAUAUUACCAAUCCAUCAACAAGUCCCUUCUUAUCUCGCUUGUGUCACUACUCACUGUUCAGCGCGUGAUAGCCUAACUUGGAAACUCGUAACUAGUUCGUCAUUUUUCAACCAGUCCUAUAAAAAGUUCUUUCUUACGAACCACCACAACCAUCAUCACCACUACCACAACAGCAAUCAAUAUCCUGGUCUUCACUAUCUCCUCCAUCCUCUCUCCAUCUUAACAAGUCAUUUUUUUUACCCCGCUAACUACCACCAGCGUAACAAUAUCACCUUCGCAGCAGCCACUAUUUACCAGCCUCGCGCGCGCCCUCUGUACGCGCGUCUUGAUCUUGAAGCCUUCAGUCCACAAACACCCGACUUUCGCCAUGGAUCCCGGCAGGCUCUUCCAAAUCAUCACCAACAGCACGCUUCUGGCCACGCGCCUCCUCCCUGCGGGCCGGACCUCCUCGCUGCACUUUUCGUCUCCCCGCUACUGCGCCGCGGUGCCCGAGGACCUUUCGCCGGGCGCCGCCGUCCUCGCCGUGUCGGCCACGCACGCCCAAGGGGUGGAUGUGAGCUACAGCAUCACUGGCGGCAACGAGCAGGGCCUCUUCAGCGUCCAUCCCCGCUCCGGCACCGUCAGCCUCGCCGGGGCCCUCGACCACGAGCUCUGUGAGAAGCACGAGUUGGAGGUGACAGCCGAGAGUGGGUCUGAGGCGGCGGUCUCUGUGGUGUUGGUGAAGGUUGUUGACGUGAACGACAACCCGCCGACGUUCCUACAGCCCGAGCCGCGCGUCUUGCUGGUGGAGGAGGACGACAGGGACCUGCCCGCCACGAUUGCCAGGGUGGAGGCGGUGGACGCGGACGAGUGUGACGCCGGUCGGCUGGUGUACCGUGUCGGCGGUGACGGGGCGGGGCAGCCGAGCGAUGGGGAGGGCGCCUUCUUCACCAUCAACGCCCGCACGGGGGACCUCAUACAGCUGAAGGCGCUGGACAGGGACCCGCCACAGGGGAGGGGCGUGUGGAGGCUGCGGGUGGAGGUGCAUGACGGCCAGUGGGCUGACGGGGGUGGCGGGGGUGACGACGCCGCCACUGCCAUCCCCUACCACUACUCCCGCAGUCACCCGCACCUGCAGGCGUCCUGGGGCCACCGGGAACCUGGCCCAGACCCGUCACCCACAGAGGAGACCAAAGGAAUCGGGCGCGGCCAUCACGGCAGGAGAAAGCGUGACCCUGGCCCAGACCCUUCACCUGCUGAGCCUAAAGGAACGGGGCGGGACUCGGGGCAAGGCUGUCACGGCAGAAGGAAGCGUGGUGUGUCGCAUCCCAUGAAUGGCAGUGUUUUGUUAUCAGAUGCCGAGACUCAAGGCUCGAGGGAAACAAUAGUACAAAGAAAAAACACGGAACAAAAGGGUAAGAUGAAGGGAUAUGCCUGGGAACGCUUGAAAAGUAUCAGUGAUGGGAAGCGACCCGGCACUGGAUUUCCAAAGCAACACAAACUCCAGAAGCCAGUCACGAUGGGAGAAAAAGCCCAUGGCGGAAAAGGGUUGUCAGGAUGUAGUGAAGAUGUUGCUUAUACCAUCAACAACCAGAUUCACAUCUUUUCAUCGGGGCAUGCCAGUGAAAGCAGCCUUGGAGCACGCCAUGCAGAGGUUCCCUGCAAUCCUGGAAGGAUGACUGACGGGGUGCAGACGAGACAGUGGGAAGAGCGGCUCAAAGAUGGAGAUGGAGGGCACCUUACCCCCGUCACUGAAGAGGCACACACGACGAGUGGCGUCAGAGAGUUGCAAACCCUCCUGAUGCCUGUUGUCGACGAUGCCCACGAGGUUACGGGGCAGAGGACGCGUCGGGGAUGGCCAUUUAUAGAGAAAGUAAAAGGGAGAAACCUAAGACCACAAGAAGGAGAAAGACAACUUGCCGCGCUGCCGUCGCCUCGUGCACAUGAUUACGCCGCCACCAGCCAGACCACCACGAGUAAGGACGGAUUAACGCCUGCCACGCCGCCCCUCACUGCAGAAAUGGGUUACGGCCAACAAGGGGACAUCUCAAAAAGUCAAACAAGAGCAAGUCAAAGUAUCAAGCACUCCUUCGUCGGACGCUCCUCUCCAUACGUGUAUGUUGAUAGAGUCCAUCGAGACGUCUCAAGGUACUCAACGGACACACAAGCAGCAGAGGACGGCGAGUGUGACGCAGGGGUGACCUAUUGUGCUAGUGGUGGUGGCGGGAGGGUGCACGUCGUGGGGACAGUGGUGACGGUGGUGGUGAAGGACAUCAACGACAACGCGCCUGUCUUCCUCAACGACACCGUGGUCGGGAGCGUACCGGAGAAUGCCGCCGCGGGGACGCCGGUGGUGAUGGUGACGGCGAGGGACGCAGAUGACGCAGAGGACGGGAGCAACGCGCGGCUCAUCUACGACAUCGAGAAGAACGUGGUGGUCGAGGCUUCCGGCGCCGCCCUCUUUAGCGUGGAGCCUCACACCGGCCUCAUCACGACGACGCGCUGCUGCCUGGACAGGGAAGAAACGCCCGAGUACCGUCUGCAGGGGAUGUGACCUGAUGUAUGAGUGCUGAAGAGUGAGCAUGUGAGGGAGAAUGUGGC